CCUUGUCUCGAGCCUUGUUUGUGCUUCUGGAGCGAGGCAAGGCCAGCAAUCAACAACCAUCCGUCACGAUGGUCGUUUACAGCUUCUACAUCUUCGACCGGCAUACGGAAUGCAUCUACUCCCGCCUGUGGGCACGGCAGCCCGAACGCCCCCUCUCCUCCUCCGGCGGACGACCUAUCUCAACGUCCAGCUCAACCUCCAACACCACAACCCUCGUUCCCCAAUCGCAGAAUUCCACAACCGGCGCCGCAGAUCCAAAUCUUGGACCAGCGCGCGCGCGGCCAACACGGCUCUCAGCACAAGAUGACGCAAAGCUCAUCUUCGGCACGAUCUUCUCACUGCGGAAUAUGGUGCGCAAGCUCGGCGGUCCAGACGAUAGCUUCAUCAGCUAUAGGACGGGACAAUAUAAGCUGCAUUACUACGAGACGCCGACGAGUAUCAAGUUUGUGAUGUUGACCGAUACGCAAACGCUGAAUAUGAGGAAUGUGCUGCAUCAGAUAUACGUCAAUCUCUAUGUGGAAUUUGUGGUGAAGAAUCCUUUAAGUCCGGUUGAACAUCCUGGGGGCGUUGGCGUUGCGAAUGAGCUGUUUGAACUGGCGCUUGACCAGUUUGUUAAAGGGGUUCUGUGAACUGAGCAUGAUCAAACUUGCAGAAAUGAUCAUGCUCAAAGUUAGGGCAAUGGUAAUGGAGAAAGAGAACAUAUCACGGCGUUCAGGGGAGCAUUACAGGCGUUACGGAUUAUUCAGAACAUGGAUCAAAUACCAAUGCUAG